CACGCAGAUACUCAGUGAACUCCGCGCGCGCCUCUCUCGUCAGUCUCGCGCUCAGCGCGUGUGGAGAAACAGGGGCGCUGGACCUGAAGGAGUGAUGUGAUUUAGUUCUGCUCUUCUUUAAGAGGAACCAGCACUUCGAGAGGAGACACGACAGUGAGAGGACAGAACCGAGCUAUUGAUCAGAGCAGUUCCCGUGUGCGCGAGACACGCGCCGGACGCGGAGCGAUGGAUUCCUCAGCUCAGCGCUCGCGAGGAAACACAGACUCUCCCUUCGAAGAAAUCAGGACAGAAGUGGUUGAAAGUGGACAAAAGAGAUGGAUUAAAACACCAGGUGUAAACGGGAAUGUGUCUCCUUCAUCUACUUGUGAUCCGAUGGACCAAAACACAUCUUAACACCAGAUGCGCUUUGGACUGGUGGCCACACCUCGUCCUUGAACGCCCAACUCGAAGAGGCCGCCAAUGCUUGACUCGCAAUUGUGACUGAACAGAAACCGUAGCCUCUUCAACACUAACCCUGCAAUCAACCGCCGUUUAUCCUUUCUGUCUCUUGCAACCCUCUUCAUGGCCAACCUCCUGAGCUAUGUGCUGUUCCUGGUGCUCCGGACUUAUGCCGCCCCGCCAGAGUACAUCCAAGUGUGGCCUGGCGGGUCGACGCCAGCCCCGGGAGAUCUGGACAACGAGACAGUCACCCCUUCUUUGGUCCCUCCUCCAGGAACCAGCAAGCACACGCCUCACAGCAUCAUCAUCGGCGUCCGAAAAGGAGGCACAAGAGCGUUGCUUGAGAUGCUGGAUAUCCAUCCCGAAGUGGCGGCGGCCGCCACUGAAGUUCACUUCUUCGACUGGGACGAGAAUUACGCCAAAGGCUUCGAGUGGUACCGCGAGCAAAUGCCGUAUUCGUACCCUAAUCAGAUCACCGUGGAAAAGACGCCGGGGUAUUUCACGUCUCCGGUUGCGCCUGCGCGGAUUCACGCUAUGAACUCUUCCAUCAGACUUUUGCUGAUCUUGAGAGACCCUACGGAGAGGGUCAUCUCGGACUACACACAAGUCUACUUCAACCGUCUGGAGAACCACAAGCCCGUGCAGGCCAUCGAAAACAUGCUGGUCAAGAACGGCGCGCUGAACACACGCUACAAGGCGAUCCAGCGCAGUCUUUACGACGUCCACAUGAGGAACUGGCUCCAGCACUUUCCACUGGAGCAGAUCCACAUUGUGGACGGGGAUACACUGAUCCACGACCCCCUACCGGAGCUCCAGCGAGUCGAACGCUUCUUGGAUCUGCCGCCUCGGAUUGUGGCGUCCAACUUCUACUUUAACCAGACCAAAGGCUUCUACUGCAUUCGCAGUGAUGGCCAUGAGAGAUGCCUGCAUGAGUCUAAAGGACGUCCGCACCCUCCUGUUAACAGCACUGUGCUGCGCCAGCUGCGCUUGUACUUGCGCCAACACAAUCGGAACUUCUACCGGCUUAUAGGACGUACCUUUAACUGGCAGUAGUGGGAGGGUCUGGAACUCGCAUUCUGACCAAUCACAGUCCAGCUGAGUGGCUGAUUGAUAGCUGAUGGACCGUACAAACAGACUUCAGAACAAUCACGUUUUCAAUCUGACGAGUAUGAUAUUAAAACAGUGACUGUGAGAGGAUCUUUGCUGUCAAGUGUCUUUGUCGUAACUAAGUUACCUGAGACAAAUCUGGUGAACACUGAGUCAUUUUUUUUCUCUUUUUCUCUGUUUGUUUGAUAUUCUUGUACUUGAUAAUAAAUGGUUCUGCUUCCAAAAUGGG